UAUGUUAAUUAAAUUGCAAAUUAAUUUCUUUGUGUUAUUUAACCUCAAGAAGCUCAUUAUUUACGUCUUUUUCGAGGCCUCAGAACCACUAAACAAGCUGCAAUUUCAUAUUGUGAACCAUCUUAUCUUUUCACCCUCGUCUCCGUGGAUAGUAAUAAACAACUCUUGGAUUAGUGCUUAGAUAAGUUACUUUGGAAGGAUUUAAAGUUGGUUAUAUAUUCACCCACAUUGCCCAUGCCAUCGUCGUGAUUUUACAAUUGGACCAUGAUAUAAGCCCUAAGUAUAACAAAUCCUUAUCAGGUGAUGGGUACCCUAACAUGAAGAAAGCUACACCUAUUAGUAGACCAUCCUAAGUGCGGCGUUCGGCGCGAAAUAUAUAGUUUAUUGGUGAUUACUCCACAAGUCCUCUUAUCUUAUUCUUAACCCAUAUCAUGAAGGCUAUAUAUAAACCCAGAAACCUUCAGAAGAUUUCAAAUAGGGCACCACAUAUUCAACCCCACCAUUAAUUCACUGUUCCCCUGAAACCAGACACUAUACCUUCCUUGUCCCCUGAUCAAAACUUGUAUAUAAACCCCUCUAAACCACUUCUUUUCAAAACCCAAAAGCCGGAUACUAAAAGUCUUUUAGAUGGCCUCUGGAGGUAGCUCUCCGUGUGGUGCAUGCAAGUUCCUCCGCAGGAAAUGCGCGACGGGGUGCAUCUUUGCUCCAUACUUUGGCGCCGACGAGGGACCAGCGCGGUUUGCCGCUAUCCAUAAGGUGUUUGGAGCGAGCAACGCGUCUAAGCUUCUUUUGCAGGUUCCUCUUGCGGAUCGGUGUGAGGCGGUAGUCACUAUCGCUUACGAGGCCCAGGCGCGGAUCAGGGACCCGGUCUACGGCUGCGUCGCCCAGAUCUUUGCUCUGCAACAACAGGUGGCAUUCCUCCAAGCACAAUUGAUGCAGAUGAGAACUCAGUUGGCUUACGGCAUCUUAAAGUCGCAAUCAUCGGAGAAUCAGAUGCGAGAGAGUUGCGACAAUCCUCUACUCCAAUCUAUUCCUAGUCUGAAAACCAUGUGUUCAAAGAGGCCACUUGAUUACAUGGAUUAUAGCUCAGAAGGCGAACAAUUUCAGGAAAUGUGCUUUAAGCAGGAUCUUCCUUUCCAAUAUUCCAGCAAAAAGAUGACACCGCACAACGAGGCUGGGGAGCUCCAAACUUUGGCUCUGAGGAUGAUGAAGAGCUCUUACUCUUCCUAGCAAGGUUUUAUGGAAUUUCGAUGUAAAUAUAAUUACUUCAGCACUUCCAAUGUUUCCUAACGCAAGAUUCGAUUCAAAAGCAGUCGAUGACGCAUUUGUUUAGAUAAGAUAACAUCAAGUUGUAGUUUGCAACUAUGUGCCAUUGUGUUUUGUUAUUGCAAAUUUUGUUUUCAACAGCCAUUGCAACUUGAAUUUGAAUUUUUGGUUUGUUGAUA